GUAUUUCUGUGUAUCUCCUCAGUACAAAGGGCGGGUGUGUGCAGUCGAAACGGAAAAGUUUUUAGUCGCGCAAGGAAAAAGAAGACCGCUGCAGAAAUGAUUGCGUCUAGUUUCAGGGAUUGUCAGGCUUGGAGGGCAGAGGGUCUACCAUUGUCCACAUCCAGCAAUGAGGCCUGCAAAAUGUAUGAUGCUAUACUCACACAGUAUGUAACCUGGCGCAAUGAUGAGACCCUUGGAGGAGUCGAGGGAUGCAUCUCUGCAGUCAAGUCAGCUGACCCUGACUUUGUGAUGGGUCAUGUGAUCAGCACGGGGAUGGAGCUGGUGGGGACAGGGAGUUCGGUUCUUCUGAACGAGCGCCUGGCCAGUGCGGUGAAGAGGACCGUAGAGCUUGGCCAGAUCCAGCAGGACAUUACCACCAGGGAGAGGCUGCACGUCAGGGCCAUGGAGCACUUCUCCAAGGGGAGUUUCCCUAAGGCGUGUGAUGUUUGGGAGGAGAUCCUGGUGGAACACCCUACUGACCUGCUCGCCCUGAAGUUUGCACACGACAGCUUCUUCUACCUGGGGGCCCAGACCCAGAUGAGAGACUCUGUGGCCCGGGUGCUGCCUCACUGGAAGCCCCACAUGCCUCUAUAUAGCUACCUAAAAGGCUUAUAUUCCUUUGGACUUCUGGAGACACAUUUUUAUGACCAGGCUGAGAAAAUCGCUAAAGAGGGCCUGGCUCUAACCCCGGAGGAUGCCUGGUGUGUCCACUCUAUAGCCCAUGUCCACGAGAUGAAGGCUGAGGUGGAAAAGGGCCUCAAGUUCAUGGAGAGCACAGAGAAAGACUGGGUGGGAUGUGACAUGCUAGCCUGUCACAACUACUGGCAUUGGGCCCUAUACUUCAUCGAAAAGGGCGAGUAUGAUGCAGCCCUGAACAUAUUUGACAGCCAGGUGUCUCGGCGCGGUAGGGCUUCAGGGGCCAUGCUGGACACUGUGGACGCCUGCUCUCUACUCUACAGACUGGAGAUGGAGGGUGUGUGCGUGAAGGACCGCUGGCGGGAGCUGCAGCAACUCACAGAGCCCCACACUGAUGACCAUGUGCUGUUGUUCAACGACCUCCACUUCCUCAUGUCGUCGCUGGGAGCCAAGGAGUCCGGGGGAGCGGCCCAGUCCCAGCGCCUGCUGGAGGGCCUCCGCGAGCGGGCCAAUGUUCCAGAGGAGAACUACCAGCACAAGCUGGCUGGCAGCGUGGGGCUGCCCAUGUGUCAGGCCCUGCUGGAGUACGACCAGGGCAACUACAGCCGCGCCGUGGAGCUCCUGCUGCCCAUACGCUACCGCAUGAUGGAGAUAGGAGGCAGUGAUGCGCAGAGAGACGUCUUUAAUCUGCUGCUGAUUCACGCAGCAAUGAAGUCAGGAGUGACUCAUCACCAGAAAUUGGCCAGAUGUCUGUUGGUGGAGCGUGAGGCAGCUAAGCCCAACUCUCCCCUCACUGACCGGCUGAUCCAGAGAGCCCAUGUCCUGCAUGCCUAGCCUGGGUAGCCUGGGCACAGAGGGCCUAAAGCUGGAUGUCACUGAGUCUGGACCAGGGGCUACUGCAGAGGUACCCUCCCCAAAUUGACUGGAUGUGUGGCUGAAGAAUGUGGCCUUUAUUCUUGAGGUUCAUGGACCUAAUAGAAAUGAUCAUCUGUAUCGUCAACAUGGUCAAUAUCCAAUGAUGUUUUCUAUAACUUCAACGUUUGUGAAAAUGUUAUGUUCAAUUGAAUGUUCUGUAACACAACAUUUACAGUAUGUCAAAUAGCACAUUAUAUUAGCAAACACACUUUGAAAUAAAUAAUACAUAAUUUUCACAAAAGAA